AUGGAGGUGGAAAGACAACAAAAGGGUAUGAAGGUGCUCAAAUUGGAUGGAAUAAUGAAAUUGGACUCUAAAGGUGAUAAAGCAGUGGGCACUUACUACAAUACUGACUCAAAGGCUCACGAAAUGAAGGUAGUGAAGCCGAGAGAGAUUUACAAAUGUUCUCAGAAGACCUUUAUAACCAGAGACUUGGUAGAAAAGGCAAGUUUGAGUACAAUGUCAACUGAAAACAUGACUCUUCAAGGGUUCAUGACUGAACCUACCACUGCCAUUUAUGAUAUAGUAAAGCCAACAAUAAGAAUGGGAAACCGCAGGAAAAGACUCACUGCAGUUGUUGUUGACGAGUUACCAAAGACUAUAGUUACAUCUGGUUUGUCUGAAAUUAUGGAACGCCUGAGUGACCAAGGCAUACAACUAGCAGAUAUGGUAUCGAAUGAUGAUAGGAUUGGCCCUGUGGAUAUGCUCAUUGGAUCAGAUCAUUUUUACGAUUUUAUCUCCCCUCACAUCAUAAUGAGGGAGGGAGUUCACUUAUUAGAUUCACCUUCAGGCUACCUUAUUACUGGAAAAAUUCCAGAUACCUAUAAAGGAACUACUAUGACUGCCUCCACACCAACCAUACCAGAGGCAAUAGUGGUGAUGAAGGUAUGUGAGCAAUUUAACUCUUUAGAGGACCAGAAUUAUGAUAAAGACGUCCCAAUGCACAAACUGUGGGAUUUGGAUGUUAUAGGAAUUGAUUCCACACAACCUAAUCCCGAAGAUAACACUUCAUAUCACGAAUAUUUGAAAACGGUUAGGUAUGAAGAAGGGCAAUAUUGGGUUACUCUUCCGUGGAAGGUAAAUAAACCUGAUUUACCCAAUAAUUACUACAGGGCACUUGGGCAGAUGUUUUCAUCUGUAAGCGCACUUAAGAAAAAGGGAAUGCUUGAAGCAUACGAUAAGAUACUAAAAGAGCAGAAGGACGCAAAAUUCAUUGAAGAAGUAGCUAACGCGACACCAACCCAUAAUUCACAUUACCUGCCUCAUCAUGGAGUAAUAAAGGAGUCAGCUACAACGCCUCUGAGAAUAGUUUUCAACUGUAGCUCUAAGCCAGACACUGGUACGGCUUCCCUGAAUGAUUGUCUCAUGACAGGACAGAACCUGACUAAAGGAUUAGGCGACAUAUUGCUCACCUUCAGAACUGGUAAAUACGCCUAUAGUGCAGACAUAUCAAAGGCAUUCCUGAGAAUAGGAUUGCAAGAACGAGACCGGGAUUAUACCAGAUUUCUUUGGCCGUCUGAUCCAAAUGAUCCAGAUAGCCCUAUAACAACAUACAGGUUUAGAUCCAUCUUGUUUGGGGCAACAAGCUCACCGUUCUUAUUGCAAGCAACUUUGGAUCAUCAUUUUAGAAAUUCUACAAGUCCACACAAAGAACUACUGGCUUCAAAUUUCUACGUGGAUAACUUCCUUGGUACAGUUACCGACGAUAUAUUAUUGAAGGCUGUAUACAGCGAAGCAAAAAAUGAAAAUGAGCUGCGACUUGCCAACAUGCCUCUUAGAGAGUGGGCUAGCAACAGUGAUAGCCUUAGAACUCAAAUAGCAGAGGAUUUCCCUGAAUACAAAUUACCUCAUAUAACUCCUAUUCUUGGGUUAGAGUGGAAUACCAUAGAUGACACCUUGUCAUUGAAACCUGUUAAAUAUCCACAGACAAAUCAGACGUGCCUGACGAAAAGACUGCUAUUGGCUGAGGUAAGCAAGUUAAUUGAUCCAUUAGGACUGUUUUCCCCGGUGACAAUUAAAGUGAAGUUACUACUGCAGGAUGCCUGGAAACUAAAGAUCGACUGGGACGAGCAAUUACCUGAAUCCGUAAAAACGGAAUGGAAUAAGCUGAAAGACGAAUAUCUUCAGAUACCAACACACAAGAUCAACAGAUCCAUAGCCACAGGAGAGGAAUCUUGUACACUACACAUUUUCUGUGACGCUUCUACAAAGGCAUAUGGGGCAGCAGCGUACAUAGUAACAAAGGAAGCUAGCAAUCUUCUUACUAGUAAGGCAAGAGUGGCCCCAAUAAAGAAGCGUUCUGUACCACAAUUGGAAUUAACAGCCAUGUUAGUAGGCACUAAACUAGGAAACUAUAUACAUGAAACCUUGAAAUUAAACCUCAAAGAAACGUACCUUUGGUCAGACAGUGAAGCAGCUCUUCAAUGGCUACGCAAAGAUAAUUCUACGAUUCCAUAUGUUAAGAACAGAGUGGCAGAGAUAAGAGACACUAAAGGUAAUUUCCAGUUCCUGCAUGUCACUACAAAAUUAAACCCUGCAGAUUUGUUAAGUAGGGGAGUACCAUUAAAGCAGCUCCUAAAUUAUCCAGUUUGGUUUGAAGGUCCUGACUGGCUUUCAGAAAAGGACAAAUGGCCAGAACAAAAGAUUCAGGACAUUUCUAGUGUUACUCACUCUAGUAAUACCGAAACAAAGGAGAAAGAACCUUAUGAAUUAAUCGACGGAAAAAGGUUCUCAACAUUGGGAAAAUUGUUCCGCGUGACAAGCUACGUGCUUCAGUUCAUCAGUAACCUCUAUAGACGUAUAGGUCGAUCUCUCCCCACUGGAGUCGGCAAUGCAACUACAUAUUGGAUAAAGGAAACACGGAAGGCUUUCUAUCAUGACGAAUUUCUUUGCCUACAUAGCUUAGCAAAGGGCGAUCCAUAUCAAGUUGAGAUGUCUGAAAUGCCUUGCGCAUCAAUUAGCAAAACCCCCGAGCUGCCCAAAGGGGCCCUCGGCACUUCUAUCAUAGACACUAGCACGGAUAGGGGUACAGGAUCUGAGCUGUCUACAAAGACCCUCAGAGACUCACUCUGUAGCGCUCCUAAAGCUAAUGACCAAGUCAUUUUAUGGAGGGAGGUGUGGCCUGUGGCUCAUCUUAAUGGUACAGUUCAUGAUGCUUACACUUGUAAGAGAUUCUCAGGUUCCUUGCCCUUCCCAUCACCAAGGUUCAAUUUCACUUUUGUAGGAAUGAGGACAUACAGGAAAAAUUUCAAGAAAGACAGUGUACAUAACAAGUGUCCCCCUGCCUGUCGCCCGAAGGAACACCAGGACUGGCUGUAUUGCUGA